AUGCCACUAGAGAUGAGCGGCCAAGGAAAGGUUGUCUGCGUAACCGGAGCUUCCGGUUACAUAGCGUCAUGGAUCGUGAAGCUUUUGCUCCUCCGUGGCUACACCGUCAAAGCCACCGUUCGAGACCCAAAGGAUAAAAAGAAAACAGAUCAUCUUCUUGCGCUUGACGGCGCAAAAGAAAGGCUCCAAUUACUCAAAGCAAACCUUGUAGAAGAAGGUUCUUUCGAGCAUGCAAUUGACGGAUGUGAGGCUGUCUUCCACACUGCUUCACCGGUUGCACUUACUGUCACUGAUCCUCAGGCUGAGCUGAUCGAACCCGCGGUCAAGGGCACUAUCAACGUCCUAAAAACAUGCACUAAAGUGUCUUCUGUCAAGAGGGUCAUCGUAACAUCAUCCAUGGCCGCUGUUCUUUCUCCCAAACCCCCCUUGGGACCAAACGACUUAGUAGACGAAACGACUUUCUCUGAUCCAAGCGUUUGUGAGGAUGAAAAGCAAUGGUAUGUACUCUCCAAGACUUUGGCCGAGGAUGCAGCAUGGCGUUUUGCCAAGGCCAACAACAUCGACUUGAUCGUAAUGAAUCCAGGACUUGUGAUUGGACCAGCCCUGCAGCCAACUCUGAAUUUCUCUGUGGAUGUGGUUGUUGAUUUUAUAAACGGAGAUACCAUAGGCUCGUGGACGAAUGAAGGCAUGGAUAUGAAUUCGAUGACUUACAAAGUCAGUGUGGAGAAGUUGAAAAGUUUGGGAAUUGAACUCACUCCUACGGAAACAAGCCUUAGAGACACUGUUCUUAGUCUCAAGGAGAAAUGUCUUGUGUAA